UCUCUUGCAGGCACUGAGGCUGUCGGAGCAGAGGCAGAUUGGCUAAGCGGGGAGCGAGCGUCAUCGUCACAGGAGGAGAGAAGGAGCAGACGAAGGAGAGGAGGAACGCACAGCAUCCACAGCUCAGAGGAAACGCAAGCCCUCUCGCUCGCCUUCUUCACCACUGCCGCCACCGCGGGAGAGACGGACCCUUCCGGAAAACACGAGCACAAACGCUCAGACGUCCCCGCCACGCGCCUCCUGAACCCGGACGCCCCCGAACCCGGCCGCAGCCAUGAACUUCCUGCGCAGACGGCUGUCUGACAGCAGCUUCAUCGCCAACCUGCCCAACGGGUACAUGACAGACCUGCAGAGGCCCGACCCUCCGCCACCCCCUCCCCCGGCGGCCGUCCCGACCGCCGCCGCCGCCGGCCAGGCUCCAGCACCGGCCCCGGCCCCGGCCCCGGCUCCGGCCCCCUCCAUCUCCCCCGCGCCGGAACGGAGGCCCCAGCCGGCCCAGUCCAGCGGGACGGGCUUCUUCAGCUCCAUCACCAAUGUGGUGAAGCAGACGGCCGCCUCGGCGGGGCUGGUGGAGCAGACGCCCGCUCCCACGCCAAAGAAGUUCAAGAUCUUGCUGAUCAUCGACGAGCCACAACAGGACUGGGCCAAACUCCUCAGGGGGAAGAAGGUUCAAGGAGAUUUUGACAUCAAAGUGGAGCAGGCUGAAUUCUCAGAGAUUAACCUUGUGGCCCAUGCCAAUGGGACCUGCAAUGUGGACAUGCAGGUCAUCAGGAAUGGAACAAAAGUGGUCAGAUCAUUCAAGCCUGACUUUGUCCUCAUCCGACAACACGCCUUCAGCAUGGCAGAAAAUGAGGAUUUCCGCAACUUGAUCAUUGGCCUGCAGUACGCCGGUGUCCCCAGCAUGAACUCCCUGGAGUCCAUUUUUAACCUUUGUGACAAACCCUGGGCGUUUGCUCAGUUGAUUAGCUGCUACAAGAAGCUCGGGCCUGAGAAAUUUCCACUGAUUGAACAAACGUUCUACCCCAACUAUAAAGACAUGAUUACCAUGCCCACAUUCCCUGUUGUUGUGAAGAUUGGACAUGCUCAUUCAGGCAUGGGAAAGGUUAAGGUGGAUAACCACAGUGACUUCCAGGACAUUGCCAGUGUGGUUGCCAUCACCCAGACCUACUGUACCACAGAGCCAUUCAUAGACUCCAAAUAUGACAUCAGGAUUCAGAAGAUAGGCACCAAUUACAAAGCUUACAUGAGAACUUCCAUCUCUGGCAACUGGAAGACAAAUACUGGUUCAGCCAUGCUGGAACAAGUAGCCAUGACUGACAAGUACAAACUGUGGGUGGACACCUGCUCAGAGAUCUUUGGCGGGCUUGAGAUCUGUGCAGUCAAAGCCAUUCAUGGCAAGGAUGGGAAAGACUACAUCACUGAGGUUGUGGGAUCAUCGAUGCAGCUGAUUGGAGAGCACCAGGCUGAGGAUAGACAGCUCAUUGCUGACAUGGUGGUGGCCAGAAUGAACCAGGUGCUCCCACGGACACCCACUCGCUCUCCCCAGAGGCCAACCACUGUCCAACCUCCACAGAGCACCGUCCAAAAGGAAGGCCUGACUGACCCCAGCAAGAUCCCUGCCCAGCGCCCACCACCACAAGGGGGCUCAGGACAACCCCAAGAUUCGCAAUCUCAAAGUCAGGAGCCUCCGUCAGAGCCAGCUCCGGGUGGUUCUGUGCAAGACCCCACUCCCCAGCCAACUCCCGCCCCGACCACACAGCAGCCCCAGCCCCAGCCCCAGGGGGCGCCCGCUCCAGGGAAGCCUGCAGCCCAGCAGUCCAAGCCCCCGCCUCCAAAACCACUGCCCCCAAAACCACUCCCGCCCAUUCGGCAGAACUCCAAACCUCAGGUUCAGCCCAAACCCCAGACUCCGCCUCUUCUGGUCAAGGCCCAGCCUAAGCCCCAGCCAGAGCCUCAGGCUCAAGCCCAGGUCCCGCCCCAAGCCCAAGACCCCACCCCUGACUCCGCCCCCGCCAAAGCCAAACCUCUUCCUGAGGAGCAGCAGUCGGCACAGCAGAAGGCACAGCCUCAUCCACAGCUUAAUAAAUCGCAGUCCCUGACCAACGCCUUCAGCGCCUUCAGCGACGCGUCCUUCUUCCGCUCCAGCAACGAGGACGAGGCCAAAGCCGAGACCAUUCGAAACUUGCGAAAGUCUUUCGCCAGCCUGUUCUCUGACUAGAUGCCAGUGUUCAGGCGUUGGAAUGGCGGAUGGCUUGGUCCAAUUUAAGUCUUUUUCUGGGUGUCAAAAUGAAUUAUAUGUCAACUGUAUAGAUCCUACCCUCCCACUUGUUCUGUUCCAUGCCUGAUUGUCAAUUAAGCAAUAUAAAGUACUGUAUGCUGUAAUAGUUCUGGUGACUGACAGGCCAGUGGUGCAAGUCUAAGAGUUCUCAGGCUGGUAGAGGGCAUCCUUUCACAUGGUGAUGCAGUGAGAUCUGACAGUCAGGGGUUCAGCAGGGGAAAUCAGGAGAAAUAUCUGUGUCCACUUAUGCUUUGCUGUUGUAGCAUUAUUGUGACCAUGUAUUUUCACAGACAAGUAUCUGCAAUUGGUUACCCUGGUUCUACUCUUCGUGGGUGUGUGUGUGUGUGUGUGCGUGCAUGUGCGUGUGCGUGCGUGUGAAUGUGUAUUUGCCUAGAGAUUAAUUUGUUAGUGGGAUAUUUUCAAAAUGGUCACUUUUGCCAGCAUUCCAGAUCACUGCUUCAUGUGCUUGCAACUAAUCUUGGUGUCCAGCACUUGCCAAUGUCUCACUUUACCCAUGACUGCUGAAAACUCAUCGCUGUUUUAUGUAGAACUUUAAACUUGUUGUGUACUGCUCUGUACGUGUCACCUCUGGAGUUUAGUUUGUGUAUUAAUUUCUUGGGGUUUUUUGGCUUCAUAUUGUUCAGUUUGUAUUGUGCUUUAUUUGUACCCAAUGCUGCUUUGCAUGAUCCAGUGACAAUUGUUUACUAUCUAUCUAGCUGUCAAUAAACAUGUUGCGCAUCA